AUGCUGCGAAGACUAUCAGCCUCGGUCCCUAAGAGGGCGACAUCCAGGCUGUCCACGGGCACCCGCGCCCCAGCCUAUCCGGGCUCACUCCGACUCUUGUCCUCGACGACACCUAGUAUGGCCUCGCUGCCAGCUGUUUCCCCGCCCAUAUCCAGCUCGCUCCCGUCAGACUCCUUCCAUGUCCUCCCAGAGCAAGACAAGACAGGCCCGCCUGAAGAUGCCCUCUACCAACAGCAGAUCAGAGAUGUCGAGGAAUGGUGGUCCACCUCGAGGUACGCCGGUAUCAAGCGGCCAUAUACAGCGGCAGACGUCGUGUCAAAACGUGGCUCUCUCCAGCAAAGCUAUCCCAGCUCUCUCAUGGCCAGAAAGUUAUGGAACUUAGUCCAGGAAAGGCUGAGCGCCGGCGAGCCUAUCCAUACCAUGGGCGCCAUCGAUCCCGUCCAAAUGACCCAACAGGCCCCCCACCAAGAGGUCCUCUACCUUUCCGGCUGGGCAUGCUCCUCCACGCUGACCUCCACCAACGAGGUCUCCCCAGACUUUGGCGACUAUCCCUACAACACCGUACCGAACCAAGUACAGCGCAUGUUCAAAGCCCAGUCCAUGCACGACCGCAAACAAUGGGACCUGCGCAGGAAGCUCGCCCCCUCCGAGAGGGCCAAGGCACCAUACGUCGAUUAUUUCAGACCCAUCGUUGCUGACGGUGACACGGGCCACGGUGGCUUGACGGCGGUGUUGAAGUUGGCCAAGCUGUUCGCCGAGAACGGUGCCGCGGCUGUGCACUUCGAGGACCAGCUCCAUGGCGGCAAGAAGUGUGGUCACCUAGCGGGCAAGGUCCUAGUACCCAUCGGAGAGCACAUCAACCGCCUCGUCGCGGCGCGCUUCCAGUGGGACGUCAUGGGUUCCGAGAACCUCGUCAUCGCCCGCACAGACUCCGAGAGCGGCAGGCUGCUGAGCAGCUCCAUCGACGUGCGCGACCACGAGUUCAUUCUGGGCGUGGCGGACCCCAGCCUCAAAUUUUUGGCGGAGACUCUGCAGGAGAUGGAGGCAGCUGGCGCCUCGGGCCCGGAGAUCGACGCGUUCGAGGCCGAGUGGGUCAAGAAGACGAAGCUGGUCACUUUCGACGAGGCGGCUGUGGCGCACCUCAAGGCGGCGGGGGGCGACGUCGCAAAGUAUGAGAGCACAGUCAGCGAGCAUCGCAACAUGGGCUUGACAAGCCGGCGUGCCCUCGCCGCAAGCCUAACGCCUGGUGGUAAGGAGGUUUACUUUGACUGGGACGUGCCUCGCACGCGCGAAGGCUUUUAUCACUACAAAGCCGGCAUGGAAGCCGCGACCAAGAGGUCAAUUGCAUUCGGGCCCUACGCAGAUCUGCUCUGGGUGGAGACGGGCGACCCCAACGUCGAAAUCUGCACCAAGCUUGGGCGUGCCGUCAGAGCCGUCCAUCCCGGCAAGGGUCUGGUGUACAACCUGAGCCCGUCCUUCAACUGGAUGGCGCAUGGUUUCACCGAAGACAAGCUGAAGUCUUUCAUCUGGGAUAUCGCCAAGGAGGGAUUCGUCAUACAGCUGAUCUCCCUCGCGGGGCUGCAUAGCACGGCGACGAUCACGAGCGAGCUGGCGAGGGAGUUCAAGAAGGAUGGCAUGCUGGCAUAUGUGAACCUGGUGCAGAGGCGCGAGAAGGAUCUUGGGGUCGACGUGUUGACGCACCAGAAGUGGAGCGGCGCCAGCUAUAUGGAUGGCAUUGUCGGCGCCAUUCAGAGUGGGAGCUCGGGAAGCAGGAGCAUGGGUGAGGGGAACACCGAGGGUCAGUUUUGA